CUUCUACACGAUCACGCUGAGCUAGUACCCGCGCCUGGAAUCGGGUCGCAACCCCAGCCGCGCCUGCCGCCUGCCACUGCCUCUGGACCAUGGACCCCCGCAAAGUGAGCGAGCUUCGGGCUUUCGUGAAAAUGUGUAAGCAGGAUCCGAGCGUUCUGCACACCGAGGAAAUGCGUUUCCUGCGGGAGUGGGUGGAGAGCAUGGGGGGUAAAAUACCACCUGCCACUCAUAAAACUAAAUCAGAAGACAGUAUCAAGGAAGAAAAACCAGAUAGUAAGAAGGCGGAGGAAAACAUAAAGACAGAUGAACCAUCAAGUGAGGAGAGUGAUCUAGAAAUUGACAAUGAAGGUGUGACUGAACCGGAUACCGAUGCCCCUCAAGAAAUGGGAGAUGAAAAUGCAGAGAUAACCGAGGAAAUGAUGGAUCAGGCAAAUGAUAAAAAAGUGGCUGCCAUUGAUGCCCUAAAUGAUGGUGAACUACAGAAAGCCAUUGACUUGUUCACAGAUGCCAUCAAACUAAAUCCUCGCUUGGCCAUUCUGUAUGCCAAGAGAGCCAGUGUCUUCAUCAAAUUACAGAAGCCAAAUGCUGCCAUUCGAGACUGUGACAGAGCUAUUGAAAUAAAUCCUGAUUCAGCUCAGCCUUAUAAGUGGCGCGGGAAAGCACAUAGACUUCUGGGCCAUUGGGAAGAAGCAGCACAUGAUCUUGCCCUUGCUUGCAAACUGGAUUAUGAUGAAGAUGCUAGUGCGAUGCUGAAAGAAGUUCAACCGAGGGCCCAGAAAAUUGCUGAACAUCAGAGAAAAUACGAGCGAAAACGUGAAGAGCGAGAGAUCAAAGAAAGAAUAGAAAGGGUUAAGAAGGCUCGGGAAGAAUACGAGAGAGCCCAGAGGGAGGAAGAAGCCAGACGACAAUCAGGAGCUCAGUAUGGCUCUUUCCCAGGUGGCUUUCCUGGGGGAAUGCCGGGUAAUUUUCCUGGAGGAAUGCCUGGAAUGGCAGGGGGGAUGCCUGGAAUGGCAGGAAUGCCUGGGCUCAAUGAAAUUCUUAGUGAUCCGGAAGUUCUUGCAGCCAUGCAGGAUCCAGAAGUUAUGGUGGCCUUCCAGGAUGUGGCCCAGAACCCAGCGAAUAUGUCAAAAUAUCAGAGCAACCCAAAGGUUAUGAAUCUCAUCAGUAAAUUGUCAGCCAAAUUUGGAGGUCAAGCAUAAUGCCCUUCUGACAAAUAAAGCCCUUGCUGAAGGAAAAGCAACUUCGAUCACCUAA